AUGGAUCCUACUGAGACCAGCCAGGGCCUCCACCUCCCUGACAGCUCUCAGUCCCAAAGGGAGGCAAGGGGUGUGGUGGGAGUCCAGGUCCCCAUAUCUGAGGCGGGGGAGGAGGAGGCCACUGCCACCACAUCACGGGGGGUGUCCCUUGGAGGAAUGCUGAGUUCUCCCCACAGUGCUCAGAGAGCCUCCUCUUCUCCCACUGCCGUGGGCUUCAUUGCAGUGGCACCAUCUGCUCAGGCCUCUGGCAAUCAAGCUAGUCAUGUGGCUAACCCUGAGCCUCCGCAGAAUGGGCUCAGUAGCAAGGUCGUGGAUUUGGUUCUCUUCCUGCUCCUCAAGUACAGGAGGAAGGAGAUAACAACUAGGGCAGAAAUUCUGCACAUGGUCAUCGGAGAUUAUGAGGCACACUAUUCCAUGAUCCUUAAGAAGGCCGCUGACUGCAUGCGGCUGAUGUUUGGCCUUGAGAUAAUAGAAAAUAACCCCCUUGAGCACACCCCUGUCCACUCCUACUCUCUUGUCCAUGCUCUGGGGAUCACCUAUGAUGGGAUGCAGCAUGGUUUCCCAGGCAUACCCAAGACAGGCCUGGUAAUAGUCAUACUGUGCAUCAUCUUCAUAGAGGACGAUUGUGUCAGUGAGGAGGUGUUGUGGAGUAUAUUGAAUAGGAUGGGGCUCUAUGCCGGGAGGGAUCAUUUCAUGUGUGGGGAGCCCAGGAGACUCAUCACUGAGCAUUUUGUGCAGGAAGGGUAUCUGGAGUACAGGAGGGUGCCAGACAGUGAUCCUCCCAGCCAUGAGUUCCUGUGGGGCCCAAGAGCCCAUGCUGAAACCACCAAGGUGGAAGUCUUGAAGUUUUUUGCCAGUGUUGUUAAGCAGGAUCCCAUAUCCUAUGUUUUCCCUAUGCAGAGAGAUGAGAUUGAGAAGUCUGAGGCCAUGAUCCCCCAAACAGUGACACUCCUGCCUGACCAGCACACAUUCUAG